GUAGCACUGUCUGCCAGCAGGAAGUUCUAAAGCACACUUUUCUAAAGACCGGAAGCAUCUGACAACUUAGCUUUAAUGUCAGACACAUGUACUUAUGGUGGAUUUCAGCGGGGAUGAGAAAUGAUCAGUUCAUCAUCUUCUUUACUCGCAUGAAGCUGGCUUUGGAUGGCCUAUAUUUCUGUUCAGCAGAAGUCUUGAAAGGAAGUGGUUAAGCAUGUGUCGCGACAGCUCAAGUUUAAUAGAAACAUUUCUUGUGCGGAAAAUACACAAGAAAUAAUAAAGCUUAAUCAAAUAUAACCAUUUAACUAUAUACUGUCUUGCAAGCCUCCAAGUUCCAUCCUACAGUUUUAAUUUCCCCCGGAAAUUAAAUUCCCCCAUAUAUAGCUAUAUUAAAAUGAUGGACUGUAAUGUUUCCUCUUUUUUCCAAAAACAUUCACUGGAGACUUCCAUUAAUUCAAUCGAAUGGAAAUGCCACACAAUCAACAGAUCAAUCACACAAUCUUACUGGCUAAGAUAAACCUAAGAGAACAUGUAUCAAGGGUUUACAGCAAGAGGACUGGACUGCAAAUAAUGAAGAAUGAUACGCUCAACACUGAAGAUGUAAAAGAUGAAAACUCACUCCUCUGUUUUAUGCUUAACUCAAGACUCAACGGCUGAAACAAAAAGCUAAAUGUACACCACAACAUUUACAUCAUCAGAAUGACACGGUAACAUUAUUAGAAGAUAAGGAGGAGCACAAGGAACAAAAAACAGAAUCUACUUGACUACAAUGUACUGGACUUCCUAAAAAGCUAAAUCAUACACAUUUCAAGUUGACUGAAAUUGGGUCUGAAGCUAUUAUCUCUACGAUCAAAAUUCAAGAUACUCAGUUAAAUCCUGAACAACUCCAUCAGAACUUCUGAAACUUAUAGUGAUUGUUCUAAAAACUGAAAAAGAGUCAUUCUCUACAGUUGUUGGUGUAGUAACUGUGUUGCCUUUUAAGGAUACUAUUUAAUUUAAAUAAGUAAAAAAUGAAAACAGAACCAUUUCUCAUGCUACUACCUACUCAUAAUGUACUUUGCAUUUGCUCUGUUUUGCAGCUGAACCCAUCUGUGUCGAUAAGAUAAGUCAUAAUUCACGGAAAUAAAAGGUCACAGGUGGGCAGAAGGAUGCCAGAUAAUAAAACCUGAUAAAGAACCUUUAAUUAGCAAGGAGGUAAAAACCCAGGAUGCUGCUACAGCAAAUAAACCACCUCUGUUUUCCACUGAUGUUGACAUGGUUUUGUUGGCCAGCCUGGAAGUCUGCAUCACCCUGAUUCUGUCCACGAGCAGGAUCUUUUUCAAUGGCUUUAGGAUAAGGUGUCAACUUUUAUGAAGGCUAUAUACAAUCAGAAGAAAUUAAAAAGCUAAACUAUAAAUGAGCCAUGGUCACAGGACUUCAACUCUGACAGCUCUUUCCCUUUUUUAUUUUAAAAAGAAAACAUUUUCUUGGACUUUUUGAGUUGGAAUACCUUGCAAGAGUGUGAUUAUCAACACAGCGAGGCUGUAAAAGUGAACUAGAUGAGCUUUCCUGUUCGGUGUGACAACUUUAAUGUCCCGAAUGACCUCUGUAGUCCCUUUUAGGCACUUGCAAGCACCUGUCUUUUUCAAGACACUUUAAAGCUUAAAAUAAAAUCAUGUGUGAGGUAUCACUGAUGUAUGUUAUGUUGUCGAAUAGAACAUAUCUUGGGCUUCUGUUAUAACCACAGGUCUAAUUUCAGGCAUUCAACAAAAAAUCUUCAUAAACAAUCCAUCAUCCCUGCUGCGCUCUAUUAAUGUUCUAUUUAUCUGUGACAUAAAUAUAAUGUAUAUAAGUAUUCUUUAAUGAUAACACUUUUUUGAUUAUAUCUAUUGUUGGUCUUAUUUGUUAAGUGUGGUUAUUGUACAUUAACCUUUGCUCACCACUGAGAGUGAAGUUGCAAAUAAUCUUCGAUGACCUCAGGUUAAGGUUUCCUCUCACUGUCACAAGAGCAAGCGUAGGGGUCUUAAAAAAGACUCUAAUCUGUCCACCAGCUUGCAGAAGUGGCUCUGUGGUGAUCUAUCUAUAGCUGAAAAGUAGCUGUAGCAACAGUGGUUUACUGACCUCUUUCUAACCAGUAUGUGCGUAAAAAUAUGUGCGUACUAAAUGUGUGCAGGUUAAAUGUCAACUUGUUUCUAUCUUGAGUGGGAUAGAUGAGCCCCGAACGUUUGUGACAUCUGUGGUGUGUUGUGGUCAAGACUGCCACUGUGCAGCAAAUUUGGCUCAUGCUUUUUAAUUUUGAUCUCACUUACAUCACUUAAGAAGAAUAGGGGCAGCUGAGUGAGUUGUGAGACGGAGCCACCGUGUGCUUGACUCGGUAUAUGCAGUGAUUCAGUGAUGGGUGGAGAAAGGGCCGUUUACAGUCCAGCUGGUUCAGUGUGUUGAAGAGAGUGUUGUGCAUGUACAGCUGAGGGCAGAGGCAUCUACACCACAUGGAGAUGGCAGCCCUUCAGUAAGAUGUUGGAAAUAUCCCUAACUGACAGAAAUCAUUGUCUUCAUUGUCAUCCCACAAGACUGAGCUGGACCGUUAAAUGCCCUCUCAAUAUAAAGGACUAAAAUGUUUGUGGUCUCCUUGCCAAGAUGUCUACAGAUCUGUGUGUCUGUGGUAAUGGUGUCCAGACUGCAAGGCAGGGUUUCAGCUCCGAUACGCGUGGAGGCCCCGGUUGAGCAGCCCUUCAUUCUGAGCUGUACGCUUGUCAAGGCCAGAGGAGAAUCGGUUCAUCAGAUCCGCUGGCUGGAUGUGCAGAACCAGACGUUAAUCACUUACCAGCCGGGUGAAAAAGACAGUGUGAGCGGCCAGCAGCAUGUGGAGCUAGCUCCUUCCCCACGAGAUGCCAGUGCCAUCACCAUCAAACGGGUCAGCUACAGAGAUGAGGGCUGCUACACCUGCAUCUUUGAUCUUUAUCCCAAAGGCUCGAGGGAAGGACAAACCUGCCUUACUGUCACAGCAUCGGUGAUCUCAGAGGGCAAUAAGACUGCAGUGGGUGGUAAACAAGCCUCUCUGGGCUGUCGGUACGGUCUGCCGGAGAAAGUCAAGCAGGUGCUAUGGAAGAAGAUUGUGAAUAAAGCAGAAUCCCGUGAAGUUGCAUCUUUUGCAAAGCAGAGUGACCCAGUGAUUGAAGAAGAGUUUGUGGACCGCGCGAGCCUGAGCCCCUCCCUGUCUGACACGCAGCUCACGUUCUGGCCGGUCCGAGCUGAAGAUGAGGCCUGCUACACCUGUGAGUUCCACACGUAUCCAGACGGCACUAAGAGCGCCGUAAGCUGCCUCACUAUAUUUGUCCUGCCCAAACCUCAAGUAAGCUACAAGACCACGUCUCCGGGAGUGAUCGAAGCUAACUGUACUGCCGUGGCCCGACCACAGGCUGAAAUAGUGUGGAAUGUGGAGGGGAAUAACCGGACCAUUGGUCCACCUGUGACCACCUCUGUCCAGCAGAGUGACGGGACGACUCUGGUCAUCAGCACCUUGACCAUCCAGGCUGGACUCCUGAAGGACGUCUCUGUCAAAUGUCUCGUUCAUCAUAAAGGACUGGAGACUGCCAUUGCUGUUUCCAUGAACACUAAAAUUGGCACUGCGCUCGCUAUCCUGAUCUCUGUGACUACUGUAGCAUUUCUUCUAGUCCUCUGCCUCUGUUUCUGUUUGUGGAAGUGUGUCCUCCGUAAAGAUGAUCCUGAAGAGCAUCAGGUUCAGAGAAGAAGCCGAGCAGAGAGAGAGACAGACAGUUAAAUGUAGGCACAUGAGCCUCUUCCUGUGACCUAUUUCUGCUUAACUCUGAUGACCUGUACUUCCUUCAACACACAUUCUCCAGACCUGACCUACUGAUAUGAGAAACCAUUCAAGUUUGUAUUUGUUGUGUGUAUGUUUAAAUACUUGAUGUUACAGUUAGAUCUGUGCCGGUCUCAAUAGUUUUGAUUGAGACAGAUGACAAACUUCAGUUCUCUUUACAAUACAGAUAUACUGAAGAUGAAAAUCUCCUGUCAUUGUGUUCCCUGCUUUUCCAGCCAAAGAAACCAUUGACACAUCUUUUUUGCAUGAAGAAAGAUGCUACAUUUGAAUUCAUCACUAAAAUAUAGAGGUCGCAGAAGGCAUUUUAUCUCGUAACAGAGGGGAGAUUAAACUCAGCCUUUGUAUGUUUUAAUACCCAAUAGAAGCCCUAAAUUUAAAAGGACAAUGAAACAUCUAAAAAUUCUUAACUUCUUGAAUUCUAUGAAAAACAUAAAAUUAAAAUAAACCUAGCUGUUCACUCAAAGAAAGUGCAAGAAAACUUCAUUAUUUAAUAACCAUUGUGAAUAAGUAAAAUCUAUUGAAACAAAAAAAGCAUUCUAUCAUAUGUUUUGGAUUUCUGAUACUUAUAUGGUGAUUAAAUGUAUUCCUUUAUAAUUUAUAAUCUUGAUUUUGAUUUCUUCCUUCAUUUUAAAGGUGGAUGGAUGUCUAGCGAGGUAGACUGAGCACUAUACAGUUGUUUUUCACAGUACUGAACUAGAGGUAUGGAGACUAACUAGAACAAUUUAGUUUAAGCUCUUCUCUCCCAGAGCAAUGGUGGGAAAAGAGGUCUUGACCUGCUUGUCAAUGCAUUCACUAUAUCAGUGGAAAUGCAUUAUCUGCAGUCUGGUGUGGAAAUAAAUGCUGAUAGAUACUGUGGAUCAGCUGCUUUCAUUACUGGGAAAUCAUGUUGCUUUGAUCUUUGUAUUGAUGCACAUGCGCAAUCCAGUGUAAUGAUGAUAAAGUCAAAAAGUCAAAGAUUUCAUAUGCAUGUUAAACGAUUCGACAUAUGAGGAUGUGAGAGCAUAGGCCACACUUGAAUGAAUUCGUUCUUUCUAUUCAGUAAAGUAUGAAAUAAAGUUGUUUUGUUUUGUUGUGCUUCGAGCUGGAAAUUGUAAAUGAUAUUGACUUGUAUAAAAUAUAUAGUGCAUUUCUGCACAUUUUUUCUUUCAUUAUUGAAUCUAUUAUGAAAUAUGUCAAAUUCUGUUCAAUUAAAUGUCACAACGUCA